ACGUUAUAACACGUUACUGCUGCUGUGUGUUUAAAAUACGACUAUUUCGACAAUAGAAAAAAAAAUAGUAAUACUUGUCUUGUAUAAUAAAUAAAAAAUAUAUUGAAAUCAUGAAUAUUUAACUGGACUACCUACCGCAGAAAAUAAUUAUCGGAGAUAUGGAACUUAGAUGUAUAUUCGUGUUUUCGUUAUGGAUCACAACAGCCUGUUCAUUGUACAAAAUUGGUAUCGGAAUUGCAGAUGUAACUGGACCUGCAGUAGGUGUUACUUUUUUGGGGUACGGAAAAGUGGAACAAACUGGAGAAGGAAUUCAUUUGCGACAAUUUUCUAGGGCAUUUUUAAUUGAAGAUUCAACAUCUAGGACAGCGUUUGUCAGCAUCGACUCUGCGAUGAUGGGAGACCAUAUAAAGAAAGAUGUACUGAAAAAAUUGAACGAGAAGUUACCAGGAUUGUACGACACGAAUAACCUUAUGCUUUCGUCUACGCACACACACUCUACGCCGGGAGGUUAUAUGUUACAUAUGCUGUUUGACUUGAGCACAAUGGGUUAUGUUCAACAAACCUUAAACUGUUUAGUAAAAGGUAUUACAUUGAGUAUUCUACGAGCCCACGACAAAUUAGAUUACGGACGUAUAUUUAUUAAUAAAGGUGAACUAAAUGGGAUAUCGAUGAGUAGAAGUCCUCAGUCAUAUUUAUUAAAUCCGGAAGCCGAACGCGCGCAAUACGAACAUAACGUCGACAAGACCAUGGUACAGCUGAGGUUUGAGAGCGAGUCGGGCAUGCCGCUGGGCGUGAUCAACUGGUACGCGGUGCAUGCGACCAGCAUGAACAACACCAACAGGCUCGUUUCGUCGGACAACGUCGGAUACGCAUCGGUGUUGUUCGAGCAAAAGAUGAACCCCGAAAGUUUCAUCGGUAAAGGACGUUUUGUCGCGGCGUUCGCUUCGUCCAACCUGGGAGACGUGACUCCCAAUAUCAAAGGUCCUCGAUGCCAGAAAUCGGGAAAACCUUGCGAUAUUCCCGGGCCUUCGUGUGACGCAAACGAACUGUGCGUGGCAUCCGGACCGGGCGACGACAUGAAAGAGAGCACUAGAAUAAUCGCUCAACAACUGUUCGACAGAGCAUAUGAACUGAUGGUCGGAGAACCUAUCACUGAGAUCAAAGGACCGAUUAAUGCGAUACACCAGUUCGUGGACAUGACCACGGAAGAAGUAGAUUAUACGACGCCCGGAGGACAGACGAUCAAAGGAAAGGGGUGUAAGCCUGCGAUGGGUCAUACGUUUUCAUCGGGUACCAUCGACGGACCAGGUUUGUUCUCGUUUGAAGCCGGCUCCAAAUCUUCGAACAAUCCCCUAUGGGAUAUAGUGACGAAUUUCGUGCCCAAGCCUAGUCCAGAACAAGUUAAAUGCCACGCGGAAAAAUCAAUUUUGAUAUCGACCGGAGAAUUUAAUUAUCCACUGGCUUGGUCACCGAAAAUAGUUUCCACUCAAUUAGCAGUUAUCGGACAAUUGGUCAUAGCUUGUGUCCCGGGCGAGUUUACAACUAUGUCGGGGAGACGCGUGAGAAAAGCUAUUCGCGAUGUCCUUUGCAAAAACUCUUGGUGUACUGUAGUAAUCGCGGGACUUUGCAAUACAUAUAGUGAUUACAUAACUACACCCGAAGAAUACAAGCUACAGCGUUAUGAAGGUGCGUCAACGUUGUUCGGGCCUUACACAUUGCCUAUUUACCUGAAGCAAUACUCAAAACUGGCCAAGGCGUUGUUGAGUGGUGACAAAAAAUUGGGCCCCGGGCCUGAACCGGUCGACCUGAGACCCGAUGUGUGGUCGCUACUGCCGUCUCCUAUGUACGACACUCCAACGUCUCGACACAGCUUUGGAGACUGUAUCGAACAACCACCGUACUCGGCCAGGUGGGGUCAAACGGUUAAAGCGAAAUUUGUUUCCGGCAAUCCUCGAAACAACCCCAUGUUGGAAAUGACGUUUUUGACAGUUGAACGGCUCACGGACGAUUUCAAAUGGGACGUCGUCGCUACGGACGCCAAUUGGGAAACCGAAUUCAUAUGGAAAACAGUUUCGUGGUUUUGGGCCAGCAGCGUUGCAGAAAUUAAAUGGACAAUACCUGAAAACACUACACCAGGGCUUUACCGCAUUAGACACUUUGGGUAUUUCAAAAAUUUUGGAGGGGGCAGGCUCGGAAGAUAUUUUGGCACUUCGGAAACGUUCAAGGUUACGGAAAAAUAGUGCAAACGCAAGAAGGUUUCCUAUAUUCCAAUAAAUUAUUGAAUUUGGUUCAACGACAGUUUGGAUUUAGAAAAUAUUAUAAGAGAACAUUAUGGAACUAUCAAUGGACAGUUUUGUAUCUACGUGACUAAAGUAAUCUAAAAAAAGCUAUAAACGCUCACCAAGCUUGUUAAAAUUGAAUAAAUGAUUAAAACUGGUAUUAUAUUUUUGUUGGUCAUACGCAACCAUAAAAUAGGUAUGUUAUAAUAUUAAAAUAAUUACCCUAAUAAUUAAAAAAAACUUUUCGUCUUCCGUAAUUCUCCAGCAUUUUCACAGCGAAAUCCUAUGCGUUAUACUUGGCAGUCCAAUUCGCCAUCCAAUCAGACUACAAUUAUACUCUCAUAAUAAGCGACUCUCUCAGUGCCCUGGUCUCACUACAAGAUCAUCACCCUCAAAAUGAAGUAAUCCAAUUAACCAAUGACCUCAUUUCUUCAUCGAAAAACAAUAUUAAGUUUAUGUGGGUCCCUUCUCACAUAGGUAUCCCCGGGAAUGAAAAAUCUGACCAAAUGGCGAAUGCAGCGGUUACAUCCACAACCUCAUAAAUAAAAUCCCAAAUAGAGAUCUUACAAAUGAAGCCCAAAACGGAUUAUAAAAAAAAACAUGGCGAAAUCACUGGGAUUCAAUUCCCGUCAGCAAAAAUCUCAGAAACAUCAAAAAAACUAUGUCCAAAUGGGCAUAUCCUGAGAACGCAACCAGGAAAAAACAAAUAAUUAUAAACGGAGCCAGAUUAGGUCAUUCCCAUAUCACUCACUCAUAUUUGAUAGCCAAGGAGUCCUCCUCCCUCGUGUGACACAUGUAAAACUUCCCUUACAAUGAAACACAUCAUUAUGAUUUGCCCCAAAUACUCAACCGCACGUUGUCUUCUCAAUAAUUCAAGGUCACUUGAAAAAGCCCUCAGUCAACAUAAUUCCGUCAACAUUUUUAAAUUUUUCAAAAAAAUAGAUUUAGAUACAAAACUGUAAAUAUUACAAUUUUUACAUUGUACCCCUACAAUUAUAAGAUAAUGUCUU